UGGAGAGACACAGGCAGCGGAUCUGAAAACGGAGCGAGGACAGGCAGCCGGCCCUUCCGAGGAGUUAUGGAUGUUGGUGCAUUCGCUUCUGGCCAGAUCCGUACCCGGAGGGAGCUAACCAGUAGCCACCACCUCCAGCUGUCUCUUUGCCUCGCACCAGGUCUUACCCUUCCAGUAUGUUCCUUCUGAUGAGACAAUUUCCAGCGCCCAGAGUUUCAGUACAAUGUGGAAAUGGGUACUGACACAUUGUGCCUCAGCCUUUCCCCACCUGCCGAGCUGCUGCUGCUGCUUCUUGUUGCUCUUCUUGGUGUCUUCAGUUCCUGUCACCUGCCAAGCUCCUGGUCAGGACAUGGUGUCACCGGAGGCCACCAACUCCUCUUCCUCCUCCUCCUUGUCCUCUCCUUCCAGUGCAGGGAGGCAUGUGCGGAGCUACAAUCACCUCCAAGGAGAUGUCCGCUGGAGAAAGCUGUUCUCCUUCACCAAGUACUUUCUCAAGAUUGAGAAGAAUGGAAAGGUCAGCGGUACCAAGAAGGAAAACUGUCCGUACAGUAUCCUGGAGAUAACAUCAGUGGAAAUUGGAGUCGUUGCAGUCAAAGCCAUUAACAGCAACUAUUACUUAGCCAUGAACAAGAAGGGGAAACUCUAUGGCUCAAAGGAAUUUAACAAUGACUGUAAGCUGAAAGAGAGGAUAGAGGAAAACGGAUACAACACCUACGCAUCCUUUAACUGGCAACACAAUGGAAGGCAAAUGUACGUGGCAUUGAACGGAAAAGGAGCUCCCAGGAGAGGACAAAAAACAAGAAGGAAAAACACCUCUGCUCACUUCCUCCCGAUGGUGGUCCACUCAUAAAAGGAGGCACUGUUGGUGGUGGAUGUAGUACAACCAAAGACUCUUUGGCCAGGA